UUCUGGAGACCAAGAUGUACUCAAGAUUGCAUUACAGAAUGACUCAGUGGUAGCCAUGCUCAUGUGGUAUUGUGAAUUUGUGAUCUAAAUACAUGUUUUGAGGGACGAGCUGGAAUUUGCAUGAUCCUUACAAACAAAACCGAUAAUUAAUAUUAAUUAAAUGAAUAUGAUUAUAAAUAGGGAAUUAAUGACCAUGUUAUUGACUUUGUAAUUAUUGACCAGUACUUCACGCAUGACCUCAAGCUCUUCUCAUCAACAUGCCUCCCACCUCUAUUUUCCCAUUUCCAAAAUACUACCAAAAUACUUUACCUAAUCGCUAUAUCCAUUUUGAAAUUAUGACAAAACAAACACAACUAAGUCCAUUUGUGUAUUUUUUGUGGGAAAGGGAACCCCCAAAAUAGUUAGUGAUCCAGAGAUUCAUCCGCUUCCUUUGGAAUCACAACAAAUACGGAUAUUUCUCUAAACUCCUGAUUCUUUUUUUCUUCACAGAGAUUUUGAAACCAUGUCCAACAACAAAAACCAAACCAAUGGUUCCGGCGGUGGCUCGGCCUCUCGAACCGGAGCAGACUCUCCGUUCCUACACAAGGCACGCUCAGGGAAAACAGAGAUCAGAGAACUCGAAGCGGUGUUCAAAAAAUUCGACGUGAAUGGAGACGGUAAGAUCUCCUCCAAAGAGCUCGGUGCGAUAAUGACAAGCCUAGGCCACGAGGUUCCAGAGGAGGUGUUGCAAAAGGCCAUAACAGAUAUCGACCGUAAAGGAGACGGUUACAUAAACUUCGAGGAGUUCGUUGAGCUGAACACGAAAGGGAUGGAUCAGAACGAGGUGUUGGAGAAUCUGAAGGACGCCUUCUCGGUCUAUGACAUCGAUGGGAACGGGUCUAUAUCGGCGGAGGAGCUGCAUGAGGUUUUGAGGAGUCUUGGUGAUGAGUGUUCCAUCGCCGAGUGUAGGAAGAUGAUCGGUGGUGUGGAUAAGGAUGGAGAUGGGACGAUUGAUUUCGAGGAGUUUAAGAUUAUGAUGACGUUGGGAUCUAGGCGUGAUAAUGUUAUGGGAGGUGGUCAGAGGUAGAGUUUCACACGGCUUCAUCUUCAUUGUUGUCAUGUUUCCUUCAUCCAUUGUUUAUUAUUCCACCAUUGUUUCAAUCCUUCUUUUUUUCUUUUGUUCUCUUGGAAUUUUCAUUCUAAAGUUAUUUAAAAAAAAAACAUUUAUUAAUGUAACUCUUUUUUUGUUUUGUC